GUUGACGUUGACAAUUGUUCCGGUUAUUGACACCACGGGGUUGUGUUCAGCUGAAUCAUGAGAAAUUAUCGUGAUAACCGUCUGGGUUUCACUGAUGUUGGGGAGGCGUGAAGAGCUCUGUUGUGAUAUUUCAAAUGAAUGAAAAUAUAUUGAGUUUCCCAUAACGCGGUAUAAAUUAGUUGGAGGGUGGUGAAAGAGUUGGGAGAAGAAAAAAAAAUAAACGAGUUACUGAAAAGUAUCGGAGAAAGGCACCUUCCCGGUUUUCAACUAAUUUAUUCUCAAUUUCUCUGAUCGUACCAGUCAAUAUGUAAAUUAAUUUAACGAAGAGAAAAAAAAAAAGCAGAACCCGAAGAAAACCUGUUUCUGUUUUCAAUGAACGUCAACUCUCGAUUUCUUUCAUACAAGAAACAUUAAAAAAUGAUGCUUUCGAAUCUGUUGAGUUUGACAUUAACAAACUGAUGUUAUUAAAAUUUGACUUCACGAUGAUCCAUUUUAUCGUUGGGUGCAUAAGCGAGACAUCGGUUGCAUAAUAGAUUAGAACGUAAAUGCCCCAGGGUCGGGUCUCUUUCCUGUCUCGUCUGACGUCAUUGGUUGCCGUGCCCCAAAGGCUGCCGUUGGUCAUGGGGUGGGAGAAAAACUUUCCCCACGGCUGGUGAGUCUUUGAUAAAAAAAAAUGGUUGGAAAAUACUGUAGAACAAAUGAACAACAAUGAAAACAACCCCGAGACAAAUAUAUCUCCGACUGAAUUAGAGAGACAAAUGAUUUUUGUAGAGGGUGCAUCAUCAGUUCGAGUGAAGCGUCAGGAGGAGUCCAAGAAGGACGAGAGCUUUGAGAAUGAAAUAUGCAAGGACAAGGAUGCAGGAGAGUGGUUUCGAUUGGUAACUGGUGAGGGUGAUAAUUGUCGUGAUGUCAUUCAGUGUACGAGUUCGGGUCUCCAGGCUAUCAGAUGUCCAGCCGGGCUUUACUUUGACAUUGACAAGCAGACGUGUGAUUGGAAAGCAGCAGUCAACAACUGCAAAACGAAGAAUAAGGAGAGAAAAGCCAAGCCUAUGCUGUUCACAGAAGAGCCACUAUGUGCUGAUGGCUUUCUAGCUUGUGGUGAUGGUAACUGUAUAGAGCGCGGUCUCUUCUGUAACGGUGAGGAUGACUGUCCAGACGGUUCGGAUGAGAAUGUUUGCGAUAUGGAUAAUGAUCCAAAUAGGGCGCCACCCUGUGAUCCAUCUGUCUGUGUUCUACCCGACUGCUUCUGCUCGGAAGAUGGUACGACUAUUCCCGGUGAUAUUCCCUAUAAGGACGUUCCUCAGAUGAUCACCAUUACCUUCGAUGAUGCCAUCAACAACAACAAUAUUGGAUUGUAUAAGGAGAUCUUCAAUGGGAAGAGAAAAAAUCCCAAUGGCUGUGACAUCAAGGCCACUUUCUUCGUUUCACACAAGUAUACUAACUAUUCUGCUGUGCAGGAGAUGCACAGGAAGGGACAUGAAAUAGCAGUGCACUCAAUAUCACACAACGAUGAUGAGAGAUUCUGGUCGAACGCCACUGUUGACGAUUGGGCAAAGGAAAUGGCAGGCAUGAGGAUCAUCGCUGAGAAGUACGCAAAUUUGACAGAUAACAGUGUUGUGGGAGUUCGUGCCCCUUACCUCCGUGUCGGUGGUAACAAUCAGUUCACGAUGAUGGAGGAGCAAGCUUUCUUGUAUGACUCUACCAUUACAGCCGCCCUGAACAAUCCUCCCCUGUGGCCAUACACAAUGUACUUCAGAAUGCCCCAUCGUUGUCAUGGAAAUCUCCAGCACUGCCCAACCAGGUCUCAUGCUGUUUGGGAAAUGGUGAUGAACGAGCUUGACAGGAGAGAAGACCCUGUCAACGACGAGUAUCUACCGGGAUGUGCUAUGGUUGACUCCUGCAGCAACAUCCUCACCGGUGAUCAGUUCUAUAACUUCCUGAACCACAACUUCGACAGACAUUACAACCAAAAUCGUGCACCCCUCGGUCUCUACUUCCACGCUGCCUGGCUGAAGAACAAUCCCGAAUUCCUGGAUGCCUUCCUCUUCUGGAUCGACGAAGUACUCACCAAUCACAACGACGUCUACUUCGUCACUAUGACCCAAGUGAUUCAAUGGAUCCAGAACCCAAGAACAUCUUCAGAAUCCAAGAACUUCGAGGCCUGGCGAGAGAAGUGCAGUGUUGAGGGACCACCAGCUUGUUGGGUACCUCACACUUGCAAAUUAACCGCCAAAGAGGUGCCCGGAGAGACCCUCAAUCUUCAAACAUGCGUCAGGUGUCCCAACAACUACCCAUGGCUCAACGAUCCCACUGGCGAUGGUUUCUUCUAGGCUGUUGACGAUUACCUUAAACAACGAGACGAUGUUUGAAUUUUAAAGAGUGAAAUUACUCAGCGAUAUCUAGUGCUCGAGAAUAAUCAAUUUUUUUUAUUUACAUUCAUCUCUCUCUGAAUGUUCUCACUUCUACCACUUUACGAUCUUGUCUUCCUUUCUAUUUCUUCCUUUUCUGGUUAAUAUCCUCGCGCACUCGGGCCUCGAACAUCGCAAGAGUUUAAUGAUUUUGAGAGUGAGAGUCGUAACUGUUUAUUACGUUUCUUUGCCUGCGGUACUCGACAAGGCGGACGAUACUGCGAACAAGAUUCGACGUGUAAUAUAGACGCGGUUGUAUUUUUCUUCUUUUUUUCUAUUGUUUCUCAAAGUCUCCCUCUUCCCCUUAUUCAAUCCUCAAUGUCCCUUUGUACUACCUUCACUGCCUCCCUCACGGGUGAGCCACUUUUAUUUUCAUUCUCCAGUUUCCUCAUCUACUUUUCGACUGUUUCUACUAGCAAUCCGCCAAAACUUCCUGCGAAUGAAUUAUGUAUUCUCUAUCUUGAGGAUUCUUAUUUCUCGCGAAAAAUGUAUGAAUAUAUAUGGUACAUAAUUGUAUGUAUAUGUAUAUUUUGACGAAAAAAACUAAGUGAUAUUCUUAUUUGUUUCAACAUUAUGAUUUUAAGAGGCGAAUCCUUUAAUAAAAAUAUUUGAAAAUUUUCAAAAA